AUGUCAACAAAUGCAAUGAUUGACUUGGCGCUGGAUCGCGUCAACUGGAAUGAUUUGGCCGGCAACCAGGAGAAGCUGCCUCGCAUAUUUACGCCCGGCGAGGUCCUAAUGCCAGAGUCGGGUUUUAUGCGUGGACACGGUACCUUCGUGGAGGAUGAGAACAUUGUCGCAUCGGUGGCCGGUGUCAUUGAAAAAGUGAAUAAAUUGAUUUCGGUAAGACCUCUAAAGAGUCGCUAUGUGGGUGAGAUUGGCGACGUCGUCGUGGCCCGCGUGCUGGACGUAGGACAGAAACGUUGGCGCGUUGACACUAAUUCACGUCUGGAUUCAACGCUGCUGCUGUCGUCAGUGAAUCUGCCAGGCGGAGAGCUGCGACGACGUUCAGCGGAAGAUGAGCAGAUGAUGCGGCGCUAUCUGGAUGAAGGUGACUUGAUAUCGGCCGAAGUGCAGAACAUCUUUGAGGAGGGCACAUUGUCGCUCUACACGCGCAGUUUGAAAUAUGGAAAACUGUCCCAGGGUAUUCUGGUCAAAGUGUUUCCGGCACUGGUCAAGCGUCGCAAGAUGCAUUUCCACAAGUUGGCAUGCGGUGCUUCAGUAAUAUUAGGCAACAAUGGCUACAUUUGGAUAGCGCCCACCAAAAGCGAAGAGCAGGAAGGCGGCGAGGCGAACGUGAAGUCAUCGCCCGGCUGCGCAACUGCAUCCUAG